AGUGGGGACAGUAGUGUUGUGAAAAUGGCGACGCCUCGUCGCUCCUCUCAGCAGCAGCAGCAGCCGCCGAGCUCCCUGCUAUCCUCCCCUCCCCGCGGCUCCUCUCGGCCCGGCACUCCGCCCGGCUCUCCCGCUGCACCCGCCGACGAUGCCGCCUCGAUCCCGCUCGCACCCGCGGCGGAGAGCGCUCCUGACGGCGAGGUAACCCCGGCCUCUCCCACCUCCACUUCCCCAGCUCUGGCCCUCACCAGCAGCGGCAGCAGCGGCAGCGGUAGCGGGGCUAGCAGCAGCGCUAGCUCCCCGACCACCACCGAGGGCAGCGAGACCAGCCCGGGAUCCACGCCCGAUUCAGGCAGCGGCACCCCGGGCAGCAGCAGCGGCGGCGGGGCUAAUGGUGCCUUCAGGGAGCUGUUCGAAGCCUGUCGUAACGGGGAUGUGUCGAGGGUGAAGAAGCUGGUGGAUGCGGUGAACGUGAACGCCAAAGACAUGGCAGGACGCAAAUCGACACCCCUGCACUUCGCUGCAGGUUUUGGGCGGAAGGAUGUGGUGGAUCACCUGCUUCAGACAGGCGCCAACGUGCACGCUCGAGACGACGGCGGUCUCAUCCCACUACACAACGCCUGCUCCUUCGGUCAUUCUGAGGUGGUGUCCCUGUUGCUUUGUCAAGGGGCCGAUCCCAAUGCCAGGGACAACUGGAACUACACGCCACUUCACGAAGCAGCCAUUAAGGGAAAGAUCGACGUCUGUAUAGUGUUACUGCAGCACGGAGCCGACCCCAACAUCCGCAACACCGACGGCAAGUCCGCCCUGGACCUGGCCGAACCGUCCGCCAAGGCCGUGCUCACAGGUGAAUACAAGAAGGAUGAGCUGCUGGAGGCGGCGAGGAGCGGAAACGAGGAGAAGCUAAUGGCCCUGCUUACGCCGCUCAACGUCAACUGCCACGCGAGCGACGGCCGCAAGUCCACUCCGCUCCACCUGGCAGCAGGAUACAACAGGGUGAGGAUAGUUCAGUUGUUGCUACAGCAUGGAGCAGAUGUUCACGCCAAGGACAAGGGUGGUCUGGUGCCUCUACAUAAUGCCUGCUCUUACGGACACUAUGAAGUUACUGAGCUGCUGCUAAAGCAUGGGGCCUGUGUGAACGCCAUGGAUCUGUGGCAGUUCACGCCGCUGCACGAGGCGGCGUCGAAAAACCGAGUGGAGGUGUGCUCCCUGCUGCUGAGCCACGGCGCCGACCCGACACUGCUCAACUGCCACAGCAAAAGCUCGGUGGACAUGGCCCCCACUCCGGAGCUGAAGGAGCGGCUCACAUAUGAAUUUAAAGGCCACUCGCUGCUUCAAGCUGCUCGAGAAGCUGACAUGGCCAAGGCUAAGAAGACGCUGGCGCUGGAGAUCAUCAACUUCAAACACCCUCACACACAUGAAACUGCUCUGCACUGCGCUGUGGCCUCGCCUCACCCCAAAAGGAAACAAGUGACUGAGCUGCUGUUGAGGAAAGGUGCCAAUGUCAAUGAGAAGAAUAAAGAUUUCAUGACUCCUCUCCACGUAGCAGCCGAGCGGGCUCAUAAUGACAUUAUGGAGGUGUUGCAGAAACACGGAGCAAAGGUGAAUGCCCUGGACACGCUGGGUCAGACGGCGUUGCACCGCGCCGCGCUGGCGGGGCACCUUCAGACCUGCAGGCUGUUGCUAGGAUACGGGGCGGACGCCUCGCUGGUGUCACUGCAGGGCUUCACUGCUGCUCAGAUGGGAAAUGAAGCUGUACAGCAAAUACUCAAUGAGAAUGUCCCUGUAAGAAACUCAGAUGUGGACUACAGACUUUUAGAAGCUGCGAAAGCCGGAGAUCUGGACACUGUCAAGUCCUUAUGCACGGCUCAGAAUGUGAAUUGUCGAGAUCUGGAGGGACGACACUCCACACCUCUUCACUUUGCUGCUGGCUACAACAGAGUGUCGGUGGUCGAGUACCUGCUGCAUCACGGAGCUGACGUGCACGCCAAGGACAAAGGUGGUCUGGUUCCCUUGCAUAACGCCUGCUCCUACGGCCACUACGAGGUGGCCGAGCUGCUGGUCAGACAUGGAGCCUCCGUCAACGUGGCCGACUUGUGGAAGUUCACACCUCUACAUGAAGCCGCCGCAAAGGGCAAAUAUGAGAUCUGCAAGCUGCUGCUGAAGCAUGGGGCAGACCCCACGAAGAAAAACCGGGACGGGAACACUCCCCUCGACCUGGUGAAGGACGGGGACACGGACAUCCAGGACCUGCUGAGAGGAGACGCCGCCCUGCUCGACGCCGCGAAGAAAGGCUGCCUGGCCAGAGUGCAGAAGUUAUGCAGCCCCGACAACAUCAACUGUCGGGACACGCAGGGCCGCAACUCAACCCCACUUCACCUUGCAGCCGGCUACAACAACUUGGAGGUAGCAGAAUAUCUGCUGGAACACGGAGCAGACGUGAACGCACAGGACAAAGGAGGGCUGAUACCUUUACACAAUGCUGCAUCGUACGGGCACGUGGACAUCGCCGCCCUGCUGAUCAAAUACAACACGUGCGUGAACGCCACAGACAAGUGGGCGUUCACGCCGCUGCACGAAGCGGCGCAGAAGGGCCGGACUCAACUCUGCGCCCUGCUGCUGGCCCAUGGAGCCGAUCCCACCAUGAAGAACCAGGAGGGGCAGACGCCGCUCGACCUGGCAACGGCUGACGACAUCCGAGCGUUGCUGAUCGACGCCAUGCCGCCGGACGCUCUGCCAAGUUGUUUAAAACCACAAGCCACUGUGGUGAGUGCGAGCGUGGUGACCCCCGGUGCAGCAGGGGGCGUGGUCAUCUCGCCGUCCCCGUCCCCCUCCUGCCUGUCAGCAGCCAGCAGUAUCGACAACCUGACCACACCCCUCAGCGACCUGACCGUAGCCGGAGCCACCGGCCCCGCCGACGGAGCCACCGGGUCUGACAGGAAGGAGGGAGAAACGCUGCUCGACAUGACCAUCAACCAGUUCUUGAAGAGUUUGGGGCUGGAGCACCUCCGAGACAUCUUCCAGCGGGAGCAGAUUUCUCUGGAUGUGUUGGCAGACAUGGGCCACGAGGAGCUGAAGGAGAUCGGCAUCAACGCCUACGGUCACAGACACAAACUCAUCAAGGGCAUCGAGAGGCUCCUGGGAGGUCAGCAGGGUGCCAACCCAUACCUGACGUUCCACUGCUCCAGUCAGGGCACCGUGCUCAUCGACCUGGCCCCAGACGACAAGGAGUUUCAGUCUGUGGAGGAGGAACUGCAGAGCACCAUCAGGGAACACCGGGACGGCGGCAACGCGGGGGGAGUCUUCAGCCGCUACAACAUCAUUAAGAUUCAGAAGGUGGUGAAUAAGAAGCUACGGGAACGAUACGCACACCGACAGAAGGAGAUUGCAGAUGAGAAUCACAACCACCACAAUGAGCGCAUGCUCUUUCACGGUUCUCCUUUCAUCAACGCAAUCAUUCACAAGGGCUUCGACGAGCGCCAUGCCUACAUUGGCGGCAUGUUUGGCGCCGGCAUCUAUUUCGCCGAGAACUCUUCCAAAAGCAACCAGUACGUGUACGGGAUCGGAGGGGGGACCGGAUGCCCCACCCAUAAGGACCGCUCCUGCUAUGUGUGUCACAGACAGAUGCUGUUCUGCAGGGUGACGCUGGGGAAAUCGUUCCUCCAGUUCAGCGCCAUGAAAAUGGCCCACGCUCCCCCCGGGCACCACUCGGUUAUCGGGCGGCCCAGCGUCAAUGGACUGGCGUAUGCAGAAUACGUUAUCUACAGAGGGGAGCAGGCUUACCCAGAAUACUUGAUCACCUACCAGAUAGUGAAGCCGGAGAGUCUGGCCACGCCUGCCGCCACCGCCGAGCAGAAGUCCUAAAGCCGCAGCGCCGCGUGGAUCCUGAGUGACUGAGAGAGGCUCUUUAAGAGGACUGGAACUGAGCAGACAGGCGUUUCAGGAGGAACUGGAGAAGUGCCGCCGAGGCAGGAGUCGGUCAGGCGAAUCCUCGGAAACCAACCAGGACGUGUCUUAACUGGAGGAGAAUGAAAAGACGGUGUCUUUUUGAGUUUCAGGGUACGGUACAUGCUCGGCUGAGAGGUAGCAGAAAGCAAACGUCUUCUCUAAUCAGUUGUGUCGCAUUCUUUUGGAUGUCAACCGUUCGACCUCUAAUUUGAAGUCCAGAAAGAAAGCAUUGUUGUUUCUGCACCUUUGCCACUGGUCAUGUGGUCCACCCCCCCCCCCCCCCCCCCCCCCCCCCCGCCUUUUCACCUCCCGUCUUCUCUAAAGACGGAACAAUUGGUCACAGGAGCGUGAGCACAAGAGACCACAGUGGAGAAACACGUUGAAGUCAGUAAGCAGAGGACGAUAAGAGGACCACAGUCAGCUGCUGCUAACAGUGUCCACUCCUGUCCAUUCAAGGACCAACCCACGCCGAACAUGCACUCAGACUCUCACACAAACAUAAACCUUCAGAUUUUAAAGGGAAUGGAAGCAGUAGUUUUCUCCAUACUAUCACACCACGAUGAUUUAUCCUGACCGUAUACAAAGAUGAACGACUCGUCUUCACUCCAGUGGAUCAAAUUAAAACAAACUAAUCGGAAAAGAUGUUGCUUAUAUGAUUUAAAAAAGGAAAAAAAAAAAAAACUUUUUUGAAAGUAAAUGUAGACUUUAAGUUUGGCUCAAAUCCUACCCAACUCUUUGGAGUGGAGCUGAGUUCACAACUUAAAAUACAACCAGCCACCGGGUGGCAGUCAAAAUAUUUUAUUCCGAUUUCUUGAAAGCUGUCAGGUUGUCCAUAUUUUUGUACAGUUUAUGACUCCAGCAGUCAAAUCCUAAAAUAUGAUCCUGUUUCUUGACCAUUUUAUCACCCGGGCACACCUCGUUAGAACCACUGCAGCUGACGGACCAACAUUUACCACACACACACACACACACACUCACACACUCAUCCAUUCACCUGGCUUUGUUUCGUUCAUUACAUAUAGCUGGAAGCUGCACCAGUUCGUGUUUCACAUUUCUUCGCAUACUUUUAUGUUAGUGUGAUUUAUUCAGCCAGAAGGACCCUGAAAAGAAAGGUGCCAGAUAAAACUAGUUUUCUGUGGAUGUCUGCAAUUUGGUUUUGGAGCAAGAGCUGCUCAAUACAUAUUUGGGUUUUAUUCUCUUUAAACAUGUUUCUGUUAAAAGAAUUCUAAAAUAACCAUCAUGAUGAAAGGAAACGAUGAUCUGUUGUUUUCUCAACUGGCUAUACUGCAAUACCAGGUUUUACCACAAGGUGGUGUAUUGAGUCAAACUAACAUCCAGUAACAGAGUCUAAUGUUUUGACAGAUUUUGUCCUACAGUGGUUUCCAGAGUUUGAGAGAAUCUCACGGGGUUUUGGGGAGGCUUUUCCCAUCAUGCUUUUGUGUUUUUUGCUUAGAUUGAGGCAGCACUUUGGAAACCCUGAUCAGGCAGCAUGCAUUUUUGGGUGGAUCACAGCUCCUCUCUCUUAUUUCCUCUCACACCAGAGACCUCUCUCCUUCUUCACUGUGUGUGAGGUGGACCCACUUUAUACCCCGAGUGCUUGUUUACAACAAAAACUGCUGCCUUCCUCUUUAACUUCAGCUGUGAACGCCCUCCAGUGGGGCAACUUGCUUGUGUUGGAGGCUAAACUGAAGGGUAACCUGUGCAGUAUUGUAAUAUCAUAAAGGCAUUUAUCUGUGUAUAUCUGAAGCAUAAUCUAUUUUUGUUUAUCCCACUGAUGCAUUUCUUUACAUUUCCAUCAUUUCCAUGUUUUUAUUUUUUGUUGUUGUUGUCUUUCCUCAUUCAUGAAGCGAAUGUGAAGCCUCGUCACUGUAUAUCCUAGCGAGCCGCUCAGCUGCUCACAGGCUGCCUAAAGAUAUUUAUAUGAACACAGAUUUGCAGGCUGACUGAAGAUAACGAAGGGUAAAAGAUAAUGCUGUACAUAACCAUUAAACAUCUGUACUGAAUAUUACUCAACACAAGCUUUCACAACACCUCAUAACGGAAAUCCUCACACUGUACUGUAGCUUAUUUUGUUUUCCAGUUAUGUUAUUUAUCGUAAAUGAAUGACACUGUACACCACACGGGACCACACAUGCAUUGUACUGAAGCCGUUUUAAAAGUUCCUGAGACCGAGAGCUCUGCUUUGAAAGCACUGAUAAGGUUUGACUCUUUCUGAGCCAAAAAAUGAUUUUAUGAUUUUGUAAUACCACUUCUAACCACCAGGUGGUGUCGUGAGUCUCUGUGGUAUUUUAGUCCGUCCACCGGCUGACGAACAAACCAAAGGUAAAGUAAAACCCGACAGACUGGACGCUGCAGCGACUCACUAUCGCCACACGGUGGAUCUCCAUGUGUUUGCCAGUCAAACUCGGUUGAUACUACAUCUGAGCAACAGUGAACUCAAAAGUUCAGACGGAGCGGAGAGGCGUUCAUUUCUCCGGCAGCUCGUCGCACCCGACCCUCCGACUGAAAAAUGAAAUCCCUUCGUCUGGCUGUUUUGCAGCUAUUUUCUUGGCACAUUUCAACAAAUUACAAAGUCAUCCGUCACGGCGAGAGUGAAAGGUAAAUGAAUAAGCGUAGAGAGCAAUUUAUGACCGAAGCAGAAAGAACAAAAACUAAUAAGACUGAAAUGAAAUAGCAUCGGAUCGACGAGACGCUUUCAAAUGGAAAAUCGCUGCAUUUGAACACAAAGCAAGUCAAUUGGCCUGUGUAAGGCUUGUUUUGUGGAUGUCUAGCAUAUUGCAUAAUGCUCAGAUAUCAAUUUAAAAAGCUCAGGCCGGAGUUUGAAUGACAAACAAUUCAGUUUUUUCCAGACAAGCUAAAAAUGGACUGCUUUCUGUCACUUCCCCGGUCUGACCCUGACGUUUCGGCGUCGGCUUUUUGUUACAGAAGUGACUCCGUUAAAGUCAGAGAGCUGUUUUGAACUACACUGUACAUAAACUAACUCCAGAUGGGCCUUUUAUCCGGGUUUUUAAUGGAUGAUUUUUGGUUUAUUUUCCUCCUUGGAAAACCUUUUUUUUUUUUUCUUUUUAAUGUGGUAAAAAUUCUGUUUGUGCUGCUCUGUCUGCAGAUUUUGUGUCAUGGGCCAGUCAGCUUCCUUGUUGUAAAUAGUUUUUGGGGGAGUGUGUGUCUGUUGAUCAAUCCAUGCCUCACUUUACUGACCCGCCUUCUUCCAAACGCCGUCAGUCGAGAUAACACAUUUCCUCGUCCCGUUGUACAGACAGUUGUACAGAGCUGCUGAUCAGCUAACGUGAAA